UGUGAAACCGGUUAAACCGGAAAUUUCCAGAAUCUUUGCUUUUUUAAGCUGAACCGAAGCUGAAGUUGAACACAAAGAAGUCAAUCUCUCGAGACCAUGGUUACGUUCAUUAAUGGUGUUCAACAAAGUUUAAGCGUCCUUAUGUUAAGCCAACUCAUUUGCUCAGCACCAGCAAAAAGGAGCUAUACUUGUGGUUCCAAUACGCUUGAUGAUGGCUGCAAUAUCAGUGAUGAUUGCGAUAUAGUCAGAUGUAAAAUGAAGUUUGUCGACAAAGCAAUGACAUACAAGUUGGAGGUCAAUAAAUGUGAUGACCCGGUCAGUGUAACAGCUUCAAUAGAUGUACCUGAUCUGCACAUCUCUUGGUCCCAUACUUACACCAGUGACGACAUAGUUGAAGUCCCAGGAUUCAGUUUGUCGGUAUCCGGUUUUCCAUUGUCUGCCGGUGUUUACGUUCAAGUCUCUCUCACUCCAGACGACGAUAGACUGCGUUUAACGGUAAAGCUGUUGGCUGGAGGAAAGAUCAUCGGUAAAGGUGUUUAUCCUGUAAAAGCGACAUUGAUUGAGGGGAGUCUACCAAUCAAGAGAGACGGAUGUGGUAUCUUUGGUUGGUGGCACAAUCUGAGUGACGCCACCAAGGCAUCAGUGAUCAGUGGCUGGACAAUAAUCAUCAUCUUGAUCAUCUCGAGCUGUUGUUGUUGCUGUUGCUGUAACUGCUGCAACUGUCGUUCAUCCAAUCAGAAUACCGUUAUUGUGCAACCUACCCCUGCUGUGGGACCUGUUAUCAUGGCAACAACUUCGACAACCACCAACGCUAAUAUUCCGAUGCAACCAAUGGUUCGCGGAUUUUGAAUCGAUUAUUAGAUAUGCGUUUAAGCGUUUUUUUCGUUUUUUUAGUAUAGCAAUACCCGCAUGGCUGGCACAGCGCGUUGCUUGAAUAAAUAAGUAAUUUUGCUAUUUUGUAGGUCAAAAAUAACGCAAAUAAGUUCCUGAAUGUCUCGACGCAAUUUGGUUUUCUGCUGUCCGAGUUGUGGUAGUCUAGUUUCCAGUCUUCACUUGUAAAUGAUUUUUAGGCGCAACCACUGCGCUACAGAAAUGUAUAAUCUUUCAAAACCUGAAAAGUGCUUUUAACCGAACAAAAUAAAUUUGUUUCUGUUUUAACGAAGAUUCAGAGAAGAUUAUGUUGAUCACAAUUCAUGACAGACAUUAUCGAGAUGUAUGUCAAAGGAGCAACUGCCAAAGUAACCUCGUUCCAAGGUUUCUCUCUCGGAGGAAGAGAGAGAAUCCUGGUAAUGCGGUAGUUGCCAUAGCAGAACGUAAGGUUAACGACGUAAUUCCGAGAAAUUGAAACUUCGCUUCCAGGAACACCGACCAAACAAGCCAAACUGAAGCUCUAUGUCUGCUGAAUUCUCUCUGUACAAAAUGGAUGAGCAUGGAAACGUUCUUGUCAACAUUUUUCUCGUUGUUCUUUUCAGCAAAAGAGUUCCUCAACUGCAGGUAAAUAUCUCUUGUAUUGCAUCUCAAGUGCGCUGGACUGUUGUGCGGGAAGUCGAGGGUUCGAGCCCCGGC